AACAAAUGUUUAGAAGUGGAAGAGAGCUCUCUCUCUCUACGGUGCUUUCCGCAAUGUGCAACUGCGAAGUGUAAGAUUUUCUUUCACCAUUAACAUGCCCUUCUCUUCUUGCUCUUCUUCUUCUUCAUUCCCCAUUCCUCAGCCUCCACAUGGCGAAUCGCAAUAACCCAACUUCCCAGGACAAGCGGAAUGGCAGCAAAGGCAACAGCUACUUCACCAUCACCACCUUCCUCCUCAUCUCCCUCUUUCUCUUCUCCAUCUUCUUCUUCAACCGCCGCUCCCUUGAGCCCUCUCUCUCCCUCUACCGCAACCUCCUCUUCUCCGCCGGCGGUGGCCUCGACCCAAAACCCCCCGAUGAAGACUCAGAAAGGGCCAACCUCCCACCACCGGCUGAUCCGGGUGCCAGCUCGGGGGUAGGGGCAGAGACGGAGACCCCUUCGGAGGAUAAUCGCAGCUCAAUCACCGGAAAUGGUGAUAUGAAUGUGGAGAAAUCCAAGAUUAGUGAUGGACUAGAUUCCAACAAAUCCGAUGAUUUGGACGGAGCUAGCUUGUCGAACGACUCGCCUCAGGCUAAUUUGCCAACGGCGACGGAGAGCCCCGAUGGAGUAACAGAGACCCUUGUGAAAGAGAACCAAAGCUUUGUCCCUGGAAAUGAAUCUGGUCUCUCCAGUCCCUUAUUUGAUGUGCCAGGCGACUCAGGAAUGGAUUCGAAGAUUGUAGAUGAGGUAGCAGAGAGGCUAAAGGGCUGUGACUUUUAUAUGGGAAAAUGGGUGAGGGAUGAAGAGUACCCAAUAUAUAAAGCAGGGUCUUGCCCCUAUGUGGAUGAAGCUUUCGAUUGCCAAAAUAAUGGAAGGCCCGAUUCCGAGUAUCUGAAAUGGAGGUGGAAGCCAGAUGGCUGUGAUCUUCCAAGGUUUAAUGCGACAGACUUCUUGGUGAGGCUGAGGGGUAAGAGGCUGAUGCUUGUGGGUGAUUCCAUGAACCGAAACCAGUUUGAGUCGAUCCUCUGUCUCCUCCGUGAAGGCUUGCCUGAUAAAAGCAGAAUGUUUGAGACACAUGGCUAUAGAAUAACCAAAGGCAGAGGUUAUUUCAUGUUCAAGUUUGCGGAUUACAAUUGUACAGUUGAAUUUGUUAGAUCACAUUUCCUUGUAAGGGAAGGGAUCCGAAUAAAUGGGCAGGGGAACUCAAACCCGACUUUGUCAAUCGAUAGAAUUGACAAAACAGCAAAUAAGUGGAAACGGGCAGAUAUUCUUGUUUUUAACACCGGACACUGGUGGACUCAUGGAAAGACUGCUCGAGGGAAAAAUUACUAUAAAGAAGGCAACUACAUCUAUCCAAAGUUUGAUUCAGUAGAGGCCUACAGAAGGGCUCUCACGACGUGGGCAAAAUGGAUAAAAGAUAAUAUCAAACCAUCGAGGCAGUUGGUCUUCUAUCGAGGAUACUCUUCUGCUCAUUUCAGAGGAGGAGAUUGGGAUUCAGGGGGUACAUGUAAUGGAGAGAGGGAACCUAUCCUCAAUGGGACUUUCCUCGACAACUAUCCUCAGAAAAUGCAAAUAGUCGAGGAUGUGAUCAGAGAGACGAGAGUUCCAGUUGUGCUUCUCAAUGUCACAAGGCUGACGAAUUUCCGGAAAGACGGGCACCCAUCGAUUUAUGGGAAGAAUGUGACGGAGCGGAGGAAGGUCUCGAGAAGGAAGCAGGACUGUAGCCACUGGUGCCUUCCCGGAGUUCCUGAUGCCUGGAACGAGCUCAUUUAUGCUCAGCUUGUUUUACAGAAUGGUCUUUCCACUAGGUAUAGUUAAUUGAAAGUUUUGGGAGAUGGUCAUAACUGAACCACUGUACCUACUAUAUCAUACUACUUGCUCAUACCCCUGAUAGGGAAGACAAGCAGGACUGGAGGAAUUCUUCUUCUUCUUCUUUUUUUUCCUUUUUUUUUUGUUGUUGUUCUAAUUCAUUUAUUUUUGGGUAAAUUCAUGAGAUGUCCUCAGCGUCUUGACUGACAGAAAUUCAUUUUGUAAAGGUAACACUCCAUUACGGCAUGUUAUCUCUAA